AUGGAACUUUAUUGGCUCCUUCAAACCCUAGAGAUAUUAAGCAGGACACUUGGAUCAACUUCAGAUACAUCAACAAUCUAUAUAUCUCUACCGGUACCGGUACCGGUACUCGAUGGUCAAGGGAAGCAGUCUUGGCCACUCAAUGACUGCCACAAAAACACCAAUUGUCCUAAACUAGCUAUGAAUCGAUGGGAUAACAUCACUCAACAGCAAAAUGGGACACUUAACUUCUUCUCCGUCCAUCACUUCAACAUUACUGGCGUCACCGUAACAGCUCCCGGCGAUAGCCCAAACACCGACGGUAUCAAGUUCGGUUUCUGUAGCAACAUUCGCAUCUCUAACACAAACAUUGGUACUGGAGACGACUGUAUCGCCAUUCUUUCUGGAACCUCAAACAUGGAUAUCUCUAACGUCAAGUGUGGUCCUGGACAUGGGAUUAGUGUCGGAAGCUUAGGGAAGAACAAAGGCGAGAAAGACGUUAACGGCAUAACAGUACGUGACACGGUCUUUAACGGCACAAGUGAUGGUAUUCGGAUCAAGACUUGGGAAUCUUCUGCUGCAAAGAUCGUCGCUUCUAACUUUGUGUUCGAGAAUAUUCAGAUGAUUAAUGUUGGAAAACCAAUCAACAUCGAUCAGAAGUAUUGUCCUUACCCACCUUGUGAAAAGACGGGAGCGUCUCACGUUCAGAUAAAGGACAUUAAGUAUAAAAACAUAUAUGGGACGUCGAAGAACAAAGUGGCAGUGAAUCUACAAUGUAGCAAGAGCUUUCGUUGCAAGAAUGUUGAGCUAAUUGACAUUAACCUUAAGCAUAACGGAGUUGAGGGUGGUCCUUCCACUGCCGUGUGCGAAAUGUUGAUGGUUCUGCUCGUGGUAAGAUGGUUCCUCAGCAUUGUCUGGCUUGAUUGUAUGGUCCGCGCAGUUAUGAUUCAUAUUUUCAUAUAA